GCAAAGGCGCAGGGAGCAGAGAGAGCUGUACCAGCUCAAAGUGCAAGAAUGGGAUGCCAGGCUCAAUGUGACAGAAGGAUUGAUCCAAGAAAUUGAUCAGACGAUUGAAAAAGGUCGAAUGGAAAAGGAUUUGGAGAAAAUAGAAGAAUUAUUAAAUCGUCCCAAAAAUCCUGAGUAACCAAUGGACAGAAAAUCAGGUGGACCGAAAAAAAAAUUGUCAAAUUGUAAAUGAAGGAAAGAUUCUGGUAAAUAUCUGUCCAAUCAACUGCUAUUGGGGCAAAUAGCAAUGCUGGCCCAGAGGAGGAGGCUACAUCUGGAUUUUAUAAGACUACAAAUGUUUGAUUCAUAUUUAGACAUUUAUGAGUCAGCCAAACUUGUUUCUAUCGCUAGCAUGGUGUAGUGAUGUAUUGGAAAAGGUUGAUUGGUGUAAAUUUUAUAAUAGAAUAUAAGUAAUAGUUCCAACAAAUCACUCUCACCUUGGGCUGGGCUGAAGCCCUGCUUCAUUGCUGCUCAGCUUUUGGCCACACCAGAUGGAUCACGACUCGGUCAGUGUGACAGAAACAACAAAAUUACAUUUGUAUAGUGCCUUUCACAUCGGGAGGA